CUUCGGCAACCAAGCGGCCGGGAUCGACUCUAGAAAACGCCUCCAAGAAGUCGAAGCCGCACAGUGAGGCCGGUUUCGGUGGCCCGGAGCCUAUUGCCCCACACGAGUACGAGGCCUCACUUGCAUUGCCCAUAGAAACCGACGAGCAGAUCAUAGCCGAUACCAUCCUCGUAACCAACCGUGCCCCUCUAGUCCUAGCCUUUGCUGUCGAACUCUUACGAUAUACGAUGCCCGAGCAACCCCCCUCCAGUCGGUUAAGUCUAGCGCAGGCGGUCGUGAGCGCCAAUUCGAGGAGCAAGGCAGUCUCGAUAGGGAUUGAGAAGGGCCCCAGCGCCGACGAAGAAGGUUGGGGCCACGGCCAACCCCGAGUAAAAGUCAUGGGCCGCGAGAUAACCGUGCUGAAGAGAGGCGGCUACGAGUGGAAGGGGGAUGAAAAAGUAGGGGAGGAUCAAAAGUCAGAAGAAGGGCCGGCUAGUAGCGCGGGCGUGGCAUCCAACGCUCAAGAGACCAGUAUGGACAAUGCCAAUAAAAGUACGACAUCCGAAGCGUCUGCCGGCCCUGCCCGGAACCUGUGGUCAGCUAGCCAACCCGUCACUUUGAAGAAGUCGACUUUCAUCGUUCGAGCGACGAAAAUCACCGGACCCUCUCAGCGUCGCUCCGUGAUGCAGUCUCUUUUUGAGGCUCAGCCAUCUUUAGAGGGCGCAUCGCAUAAUGCUUGGGCCUAUCGCGUCAAAGUACCGACCAAUCUGUUUGGAGCCACUACCAUCAAAGAGGAGUCUUUCGACGACGGGGAGACCGGCUGCGGUGAUUUUCUAAUCAAGAACAUGCGAGAAAUGGACACGGUCGACACCCUCGUGGUGAUGACUCGUUGGUACGGAGGUAUUAUGCUUGGCCCUGAUCGGUGGAGGAUAAUGCGAAACUGCUUAAAAGACGCUCUUGCAGAACGCCUUAGGGUUACAGGAGCACAUGCUACACUAGGCGGCGAAGCUGUCUGGGGCUUGGACCUGGAGGCCAUGCGAGACAAAUCCGGAACUGUCGGUUCUGCAUCUAGUAGGUCAUAUGAGGCGGGUGUGGUAGGCAUGCCCAUCCAUAGACCCGAGGCGGCCAGAGCGUAUCUUCUCAAGAGCUUCGCUACAAGGGUGGACGUUUCGGCGGACGGCGUGAGCGAGGUGGCGGCCACGGAAGGCGGUAAAGAUCAUGGAGCAGAGCCACCAGCUCCUCAAAAAGCUCCCGCCUCGGCGGGUAAGACGAUGCUAAAGAAGAAGACGGCCAAGGCGCUGGAACUGGAGAAGGAGGAGAACGUCGCUAGACUACUUGGCGCCAUCAGAACCCUAUACGAUAGCUGGGCCGACCAUCUCGCCCCAGGCGAGCUUGAUCGACGAGCUUGGAGCUGGUACAUCGCAGUGCGACCCGAGGUAGACAGCGGCCCUUCUGGUUGGGGGGCAAAGGGACACUUGAGACUCGCCGAUAUUCUUGCUUUACGACGAGAAGAAGGAUAACAUUAAUCAACGGUUGCUUUCACUUUUCGAUUUUCCUUGGGUGUCCUAUUGCAUAUCUAGAGCUCUAUGCGCCGAGAUGUCCUGUAACCAUCUACGCCCACUCUCGAGAAAGAUCGGGAAUUGUCAACCUCACGGUUUCCAUAUAUACACGAAAGGGAGGCUCAUAGAAGACCGUAAG